UCGGGAUACGAAUCUACGGACUCUGAAACAGAAGAUCAAAAAAGGUCUAACGAAUACAAUGUUCCUGUGAAUCGUCAAGAGAUUGGUCACGUGAGUGCACGAGUUAAAAGUACGCAUUCGCUAUGUGAGAGUCUUAAAUUGAUCAUGGAGAUCCCAGAACUGUGUGACGUCACAUUUCUCGUAGGACCAAAGGAAAUCCCGGUCUAUGGCGUUCGUGCUAUUUUGGGAACACGGAGCAAGGUCCUCUACCAGCUUAUUAUCAAGCAUUUGAACCUGCGCGAGGCUGAACUCAAAUACAACAAACCAUCAGUUUGCGGAGGGCGACUAACUAUUCCUGUCCGGAAAUACGAUACCGAGGUGUUCCGAAUGCUAAUCCAGUUUGUUCACAGUGGUACAGCAACCAUCACAGAUACUGCAGUUUUUGGUUUACUGUGCGGAGCAUAUCAAUUUGAGUUGAGGGACUUAGAAGAAGCAUGUUGGGAAUAUAUUGGCCGGCGUAUAGAACACGGCUGUGUUGACGUCAUCUUAACGUCUGCAAGGGCCUACAAACAACAUCGAAAUGCUAAUGAAAUAUACAAUACAAUUUAUUUCUCACUAGAGAAACAGAAGAGAUCCGCGGUAUGCUCUUCAAGAGAUCGGUUCGUUUGAAGCAACUCGGGGUUAUCAAGAAUCCUACACAAACGAUCACAAGUCCUGUCAUACACUUGGGAUACUCAGGUCCUCAAAGGAUGGGCUAACAGAAUGUUUAAUCCUGCCACCGGAUUAUCAAUAUGUUCGAUACUCUCCGAUGACAACUACCCCGAGAUGUUUCUGAUUUUUAUCUAAAAUCAUCAACUAACAUGAGGGUGAACCACGCUUUCAGUCUACCACCACGUGUGUAAAACUGCACAUGACAUGAUAGAAAUAUGUGUUAAUCUAGCACAUGACAUGAUAGAAAUAUGUGUUAAUCUAGCACAUGACAUGAUAGAAAUAUGUGUAAAUCUAGCACAUGACAUGAUAGAAAUAUGUGUAAAUCAAGCACAUGACAUGAUAGAAAUAUGUGUAAAUCAAGCACAUGACAUGAUAGAAAUAUGUGUAAAUCAAGCACAUGACAUGAUAGAAAUAUGUGUAAAUCAAGCACAUGACAUGAUUGAAAUAUGUGUAAAUCAAGCACAUGACAUAAUAGAAAUAUGUGUUAAUCUAGCACAUGACAUGAUAGAAAGUCCGAACAACCAACGAACAAACGUGUAACUAGUGUUUGUAAUGAAACAACGGAUAUUUAUAUAGAAUUGCAAUGGAACAUCAGAAAAUAAACAAAUAUUGAAACGAGAUUCGUGAUUAUACAUUUUUCCUGUUUAAACUUGUUAGUUUCGGAGUGUUGAUGAGAUCACGGAUUUAAAUAAGCUGUCUUAUUUUAACAGCCUUAGACAAAAAUUAUUUAAAUAUUGUACUGUGUAAAUUAUCAUUUAUGUUUGUAUAAAUAUAACUUGUAUAUUCUAUAAGAUGAAUUUUGUUGUUAAGGAUGUAAAAUGUAUAUCAAAUCACUGAUCUGAAGUAAAAUGUUUACACGGUGGAAAGCCUUUUGUUGUUUUUACCCUCAAUCUGUAGUAUGU